AUGGCUGCAAGCACAACAACGUCCACAGACACCGCCACCACAACUCCGCCAACCCCCGCCUCUCAACCAUCGCCUCCAAACGUUAAUAUACGGAAUCCCCUACCUCUAUCGGCUUCGCAGGAAGCGCAAGUCAGAGAUCUAUACUAUAAGCGGGUAAGGGGCUAUUGCGCGGCAGAGAUCAAAGACCGUGCGCACUGCUACUCAAUCCCAUCCCCUCUCGCUCUCCAUCUUAAAAACCUCCCAUAUCCCAAAUCAAUACAUCUAACCAAGCCCCUCCGACCCCCAGAAUUUGCUGCCUGCGCCAUAAACCGCACCAUAACCGCAACAUGGGUAUGUCGCAAGCAACGCCUUGCCAUGAACGCCUGCAUGGUUGAGCACGCCAAGCCCGAAGUGGAGGAUCGCGCUCGCGAAGAGUGGUUUGCCGGUCGUGAGGAGCGGAGGAGAGCUCGCGAGUUGCAGAGAAAGAAGACUGAGGAGCGGCAGAGGGAGGUUAUGCAGAUGACGAGGGAUGAGGAGGAGAGGAGGAGAAAGGCGACGGCUGAAGGGGCGGCAGCUAAUGGGAAAGGGAAAGGGUGGUUUGGAUAG